GUUAGAAGCGGUUAAAGCCCGACCCACCGUACAUAAAGUGGGCGUCACGCCGUCACCAUCUCCGGCACUCCAUCCGAUCCGAUCGAUCUGUUCUCUCUCUCUCUCUCUCUCUCUCCGGUCUCGACCCUUUCGCUUUUCUUCCGAUAUCUCAGGACCCGAUAAAUCCUCGCCUAUAAUCGAAGCAGCAGUCUGCAGAGUAAAGUAAUGGGCUCCGAGCAAAAACCCGCCAUCUCCAUCUUCAUCGGGUGUACCUUCCUGGUCUUCAGCCUUGGCAUUCCACUCGUCUCCUCCCUACCUUUCGUCGUCUUUCAUGGUAUUGGUGAUCAUUGUGGCAACAAGGGAAUAUCUCAGUUCGUUGAGCUAUUAAGUCAGUGGUCUGGCUCUCAAGGAUAUUGCCUUGAGAUUGGAGAUGGGGCAUGGGAUUCUUGGACUAUGCCCCUUCUAGAUCAGACAGCUGCGGCCUGCGAGACGGUGAGUAAGCUACUGCAAAACAGAAUUUGCGUCCUGCUUCAUUUUUUGUUUUCGGAUCCGGAGUUCAAUGCUUCGGUUGUAUUGCAGGUGAAGAAAAUGGGCGAACUCAGCAGUGGUUACAACAUAGUUGGUCUUUCUCAGGUGGUCAAUAAUUUGAAAUCUGCUGUUUCGGCAGUUAUAAUAGAAUGCAAAUAUGAUCCUUGGUUUUGUUAUGCCUAUCUCUAUGGUGAUACUCACUCAUAUAUAACUUUAAUUUUUCAGGGCAACUUAAUUGGAAGAGGGAUUGUUGAAUUAUGUGAUGGGGGACCUCCGGUAAAAAAUCUUGUAUCUCUGGGUGGUCCUCAUGCUGGUACUGCUUCAGUUCCAAUGUGUGGAUCUGGCAUUAUAUGCAUUAUUUUGGAUGCAUUGCUCAAGCUAGAGAUAUACAGCAACUAUGUCCAGGAACAUUUGGCUCCAAGUGGUUAUCUCAAAAUCCCAACUGACAUUGAUGAUUAUAUGAAGGGAUGUAGAUUUCUACCCAAGAUUAACAAUGAAAUCAAAAGCCUGAGAAAUGCUAAUUACAAGGAGAGGCUUACCAGCUUGGAGAAUUUAGUGUUGAUCAUGUUUGAUCAGGACACAAUUUUGAUACCAAAAGAAACUGCUUGGUUUGGGUAUUAUCCUGAUGGUGGCUUUGGUUCAGUGCUGCCUGUAAAUGAGACUCAGCUCUAUAUUGAAGAUUGGAUUGGAGUGAAAGCCUUGGAUGAAGCUGGGAAAGUGACGUAUGUGACCAUGUCUGGUAAUCAUCUUGAAAUAUCUGAAAGUGAUAUGAGAAAGUACAUCGUGCCAUACUUAGAGGAUAGCACAUCAUUGAAGAUCACGACACCCGAAUCCCCUUCCAUCCGUCCAUGGUAUUCAUCAACCCUAGACUUUCUACUCGAACUGACUGGACUAACACAAGGUCAAGGUCAACCUGUUCUGAAGAUUGUCUCUUGAAACACUCAAGUAAUAUCUCAGGGUGAACUAGGCACUCCCCUUGUAUAUUAUUCGAGAAGGACUCAUCCAACGGUUACUUUUCUGUAUCAAAGAAAGUGAAAUAUAGACCUCUGCUUCUGGAAUAGUCUGUAUGGAAGCACUUCUGAAUUCUUAAUGGAGGUUAUAUUUUUAAAAGAAUAUGUUUAGUUAAAAUAAAUCGAUCACGCAGAUCAUACCAAUGAUAUUUAUGUCGGUUUCAGGACCAGCACUAGUUGAACCAGGUUUAACCCGGUCGUCAUGACAACCA